UUGGUUCUAUAAGUUCCGGCUUUCGCCAGUCCCCAACAGCAGUAAAAAGGAAAAGCCAUGGAAGAUGUACCCGCCCCGGAACCCGGUACCAGCACCGCCGUCAACGGCGGCAAAACCAUUCCAGAAUGCGAGGACAUGAUCCGAAGAAGUCUCAGAACUCCAAUGGUGAAGUUUCUUUUGGAGAAUCUGGAGAAAUCUGGAUGUGCUAUUGGGGACAAAUUUAUCAGGGCCGUUCAUUGCAACAGGCGGCUUGCCGGUGGCUAUGUCCGCGGCGAAGGGAUUAUCGUGUGUAGUAAUCACAUGAAUAUCCAAGAUGAUGUCAACCAAGUGGUGAUACACGAGCUAAUUCACGCGUACGAUGAUUGUCGUGCAGCAAACUUGGAUUGGGCUAAUUGUGCCCAUCAUGCUUGUAGUGAGAUUCGUGCUGGCCAUUUAAGUGGUGAUUGUCACUACAAAAGGGAACUACUCCGUGGUUUUGUAAAGAUACGAGGUCAUGAACAAGAUUGUGUGAGACGAAGAGUUAUGAAAUCAGUGAUUGCGAAUCCUUACUGCUCAGAAGCAGCUGCGAAAGACGCCAUGGAAGCUGUAUGGGAUAUUUGUUACAAUGAUACAAAACCAUUUGACAGAGCUCCUUGAGCAUAAAGAUAGCCACCUUAUGAUGCCAAAUUAGUUGCAGCAACAAAUUUUCUGCUGCGUCUUUGACGAGAGAUGUUCCUAUUCCUUGAUAAGACAACAUUUAGUUUCAAAGGUUUUAUUGUAUUAAAAAAAUUUUGCUCCAUCUUCUGAUUAUUCUUGCAAUACCUCUGACCAUUUUUGUGGGUCAUUCAGAUUGCACACUGGUGAUUCAUAUUAUUUUCCCUGGUCAAGACUCAAAGAUAGAGAGCAAGAGUUCUCCACAAGUUGGUUUUGUCUAAUAAGUCAUUUUUUCUUUGUUACUGAAGAAUUUUUAUUUACUGGUGUACCACAUAGGUGGGUCCCAUAACAUAGGAUCAUAAACCGGGGUCCAUUUUCUAUUACUUUUGGUGUUAGAUAUCACUUGUGCCUUCAGGUAUUUUGUAGUGAUGGCUUAUGCAUCCUACAGUAACCAAAGUGCUAUGAUCCCAAGGUGUUGUCCUCUACAGAGAAAUUUUUUUUUUUUUUUUUUUUUUUUUUUUCAAGCAAUGAGCUGAAUAUGAUGUCAUCUGUCUAAAUACAAUUUGAGUCACAAAGAACUUUGUGCAAAAGCAAGAUGGCUAUUUAU